CUUUAUUUCUGUUUCUAUGAAUCAAACCCGCUCCUGUUUCUGUUCAGAGUAGAAGGUGUCAAGACAAGAGAAAGUCAAAAAAGCAAAGGAUAGUCGUGAAAGCCAUACAGCGUGUGGAGUUUUGGUCAGGAUGCGUCCGGGUCCAUUCCUCUGUCCUGUACUGAUCUCUCUGUUAAUCUUUCUGUCCGGACUGACUGUCAUCACCGCCUGUAAUAAAGCCCUGUGUGCCAGUGAUGUGAGCAAAUGUCUCUUACAGGGUCUUUGCCAGUGCCGGCCAACGGAGGGGAACUGUUCAUGUUGUAAAGAGUGUAUGUUGUGUUUAAAUUCUCUAUGGGAGGAAUGCUGCGACUGUGUAGGAAUGUGUAACCCUAGAAAUUACCACGACAGUCCUGCCACCUCCAAGAGCACUGUAGAGGAGCUGUAUCGACCAAUCCCGUCGCUCUUCAGAGCCCUGACCGAAGGCGACGCCCCCAUUAACAUGAUGGUAUUGUCAUUCCCCGUCGCUGAAGAACUUUCUCACCACGAGAACCUCGUGUCUUUCCUGGAGACGCUCGACAGCCAGAGUCACAACGUGUCUUUGCCCAGUAGCAGCGUCCAUGACGACACCAUGUGUACGGUGGUCUACUUUGAUGACUGCGUGUCUAUCCGGCAGUGUAAGCAGUACUGUGAGUCAAUGGGUGGAUCAAAGUACCGCUGGUUUCAUAACGCCUGCUGCGAGUGCAUCGGUCCCGAAUGUUUAGACUACGGCAGCAAAACGGUCAAAUGCAUGAACUGUCUGAUCUGAGAUCAGAGUCUGUCCACCCUCGUCAUCACUGCACUGUGGAAUUUACACACUUAUUACUUGUGUUGUAGAAAACUCUUUCCCUGUUUACACAUCGUGCCUUCUUUGACUUGGCCUUUGGAUAAAAUGUUUUUAUAAGUUAUCAAUGUUGCCUUUUAAGUAGGGAUUCAUUUUUCAUUCCGAGCACAUUCCAUAGUUUUUAACUUGUAUAUAGGUUUCAUUUCAUACAUUUUUCUGGUUUGAUGGUUAUAAACAAAACAAGUUGUUCUCGAUGUUUAAAAAACAAAACAAACAAAAAAAAACAUUGAUUUUCAAGGUUUUGGUUUGUUGUGUUCUAAUCCGGUUUCUUGAUCCGACAAGUUUUUCUUCAAAAUGAAACUCUUCUGUUAGAUAUGUGGGUGUCUCUGUGUUUACCAGGUUUCUGCUGAUGUUUUACUUUGUUAAGAGAAGUCAACAAUAAAAAGUCAACAUUUAAUGUCAGAAUGCAUGUGGGAAGAUAUCAAAUGGACAGAUGAAAAUUAACCUUUGUAAUAAACAUCCAGUUUUUGGUUAAAGUGAAUAUGUAUAUAUAAAGGAAAGUUUGCAUGUUUAGAUGCUGUGACCAAUCAUCUUUCAGGUUUUUUUUACAGUUUAUCCUCUCUGCAGCAUACCUUUAUAAUCCUGAGGUGUUUGUUUAAUGCUUUUAAGUAAAUCUGGUCACACUGGCUGACACAGACCCCACAAACUAAUUCAUUUUUCUAUAUGACCAUUUUUUUCUAUGUAAAUACAAACAGACUGACUUGAUCGCA